GGCUGCGCCGCUCGCGCCGCCGCCGCUGCCGCCGCCACCAUUGUAUAAUGCUCCCGGCGGCGGAGUCCUAGGCUCGGCCUCGCCUCCCCGGCGCCGGGCACGCCGCAUGGAGCGGGCGUAGCUGAGGAGUGGGCGGAAACCCCCUCCCCCCAUGCGCUAGUCCAGGUGGAGCUGCAUGUGACAGUAGGAGUUGAUGUGACCUUGGAGACAUUCUCCAGAAGGUGACAACCAGCUGAAGACCAGUGUUCGCUAAGGCCAGAGCAAGAGAGGAUGCGGCCUGGGCUGUGAGUGGCAGAUAUAUGUUGGGUAAAGGAGGAAAACGCAAGUUUGACGAGCAUGAAGAUGGGCUGGAAGGCAAAAUCGGGUCUGCCUCCGACGGUCCGUCCAAGGUGUCUUACACCUUACAGCGCCAGACUAUCUUCAACAUUUCCCUUAUGAAGCUCUACAGCCACCGGCCCCUGACGGAGCCCAGCCUGCAGAAGACCGUGCUCAUCAACAACAUGCUGCGGCGCAUCCAGGACGAGCUGAAGCAGGAGGGGAGCCUGCGGCCCGCCUUCGUGCCCUCCGCACAGUCCGCCGCCGCGCCGGGCGACAGCUUCCGGGACACGGCGCCCGCGCACCCCUGCGACCCCGGAAGCACUACGCCCCUGGAGGCCUGCCUCACCCCCGCGUCGCUGCUCGAGGCCGACGACGACACUUUUUGCACUUCGCCGGCGGCCCUGCCGCCCGCGGCUCCCGCCAGACUCUCCCCUCCAGCCCUCCUCCCGCCGGAGAAGGACAGCUUCUCCUCCGCCCUGGACGAGAUCGAGGAGCUGUGUCCCACAUCUACCUCCACAGAGGCCGUCGCGGCCACCACGGACGCCUCGAAAGGGACCUCCAGCGAGUCCGGUGGCCCGAAGGCCGAGGGGCCCCCGGAGUGCCGCGCGGACGACUCGAAACUCAUGGAUUCUCUGCCUGGGAACUUCGAAAUAACGACGUCCACGGGUUUCCUGACAGACUUGACCCUGGACGACAUCCUGUUCGCCGACAUCGACACGUCCAUGUAUGAUUUUGACCCCUGCACCUCCGCUGCGGGGACGGCCUCAAAAAUGGCCCCCGUGUCAGCCGACGACCUCCUCAAGACCUUGGCCCCUUACAGCAGCCAGCCGGUCACCCCGAGUCAGCCUUUCAAAAUGGACCUCACAGAGCUGGACCACAUCAUGGAGGUGCUGGUAGGGUCCUAAGGCCAGGCUUCGGCGAGCGUGCCCGCAGCCCUGACAAUUCUCCACACUGUGCAUGCACCCUUGCUUGCCUUUUUCAGAAGAAAAGAACGUUUUACAAAAGGAUCACACUAGUUUUUGCUUUGAGCAGAGUUGGAGUGCCUUCAUCCAAGUAUGACCACUUUUAAUCCGCCGUCUGGAGUGGUUCCUCAGACUCGCUGCGUGGUGUAGGAGAGGGGACAGAGUUGCUAGGUCGAAUGGCAGAAAUACCCAGUUCAAGUGAAGCACAAGGAUUAAGUCGGAAAAGCUGUAAAUUGCAUGUGCAUAUUUGUCUAUUUUUUCUAUAAGUUUUAUUGCAAGACGUAAAAAUGAAAAAAAUAUAUAUAUAUUAUUUAGAUGAUCUCAGUCCCUUUUCUGGCGUUUUUGCCCUGUAUAGGUUGACUUGGCAAUUCAGCCUUUUUAGAGGCAUUAACUACUCCUCGUUAAGUGUUGCAUUUACAUGGCUGUUUAGAAAACUGCUACCCAAAUUUAUUUUAUAUUUUUGUACAGAUUCUGCAGUUUAUGAUAUUGUUUUUCUAAAAACAAAUGCUGUUUAUACAUAUGAGAUAGCUAUUUUGAUAGGAUUUGCUCACAUAGUUCCUGCAAACUUCAGAUGUACAAGUGGCACUUGUACUUUUAUAGAGCUGUAAUGUUUUAUAUGUGUAUGGUGCAAGAGAAAAGUGGAUCAAAUCAGUCUGCAACUGAUGUCCCCCAGUGCACACACACACACACACACACACACACACCCUCCCUCCCUGCUUUAAGGAUGGGCCAGGUGAUAUCACACCCAAAUUUCACAAGCACUGACUCCCUGGCACAGACACCCGCCAGUACUGUGACUUCCAAAGCCAGAGCCACGUCUGCUCAUCAAACUUGCAUUAAGCAGUUGGCGGGAGAGGGCCGUGGAGGUCGGGGUUGAAGUGAUGGUUCUCCAGCUUCCUCUCCUGAGGGGAGGCCUACCCUCUUACUUAAGAGUGUAUUUAUGCCAAGUUUGCGCUUUUGUUUUUAUUUAUUUUUUAAUGAAAACCCAAAUCUUUCCUUUUUGGUGUAAUUUUUAUGAUGCCCUGAAAUUCUACACCUGAACAAAAUUUUCCAAAAAAACAACCAACCUCUUCGCAGAACUAAGCCCUACUGCAGUGCUUGGGCCUCUUAAAAGAAGGACAUCUCCCCGGAAGGCAUCCAUAAUGUUGCUAGAUUGUCUCUUCCAGCUGCCCCUCCCCGGAGCUUUUGUUCCCUCUGUUGCUAAGAGCUGAAAACUGCACCUCGAUGAUUACCAGACUGAGCGCCACUCGCCUCUGGUGGCCGGCCCGGACACACUCCUAGAACAUCUGUGACUCUGAACUUGGAGUUGGUCACCUGACACCACGAUUUCCCAUCAGGUUGCUGUCUUAACUCAGCUGCUAACUUCACUACACUUUACAAGGCUGUUUGACCCAAAUACACAGACAGGACUUUCUAUGCAUGUCUCCCCUGUGCCCCCUGCCCCAGGACACCCUUAAGAAGUAGCUUUUGAUCCCUAGUGGUGUGCAUUUAAUUUUAAACUGUUUCCAGUGUAUCAUGCUUGUUGCCGAAAUUGUUUAUGGCCUUUUCGUUUCAGUUGUUUAUUCUAAUGGUACUUUAGCUGUUGAGUGCAGGUUACAACCUAUAUUGUUACGCAGAUGGCUUCUUCUUUAGGAAUAACUUUUAUAUUUAUUUAAAAAUUUAAAUUAUGGGAUUUUGUUUUUUCGUUAUUGUUAUUGUUGUUGUCAUUGUCGUUGGUCAUUUGUCAAUAUUCAGUCACCUAUUCUGCUCGCUUCUUGCCAUGGAUGAAAAAAAGACAACUUUAUAAAAUGGCACUUUAAACAAGCCAUAAACAGUUUUAUUUUUAUAAUGCACAUGGCAAAGAAAAUUUGUGAUGAAGGAACUGCUCAUCUAAGCAAAAGAUUCCUGUAUGAUAGGAUUAAAUUUUCCUGCAUUCUAAUUUACUUUUUUCCGCACUUGAAUGUGUUUUAAAGGCUAAUUAUCAACUCAGCAAAGCAGUGAAAAACUGAUCAAAUUGCACUUGUUCUCCUAUAAGCAACCUCCACACAGACACCUCCUAACUGCUGUAAGGUGUCAUUUCCUUUGAUGGGACCAGGGACCAUAUAAUUAAGGUGAGGGUUGUUGGGGAUGCUUCCAGUGUCACCAUGCCUGUCCACUUGUUCUGUGGAGAACAAGUCUGCCCACAUGCCAAGCUUUCUAUAACUGGAGGAGCCUGCGAACUGGCCACAUACCGCACACAUCUCCAUGCGUAUGCAAUGGUAUUGAUUAUUCUCGACAAUAACAGGGUAAAGCAGUUGACUUGCCAUUGUUAAAAACUGAUUUACAGUAACUUAGAACAACUGUACUUUCGUUGGAUUAGCAAAUCAUGUGUUUAAACAAAUCCCAUAUGUUGGGCAACAAUUCAAAUAAGCAGAGAGAGAGAGAUGUUGCCCAAACUUGGUUCUCUGACUCCCAUGUAUUUGUGAGCUUCAAAAUGAAAACAAACAUAUCCCACCCACCCACCCCCAACAGCAGCAGGCAGAUAGAUGCUUUUUAACUCGACACCCUUGCGGUAAAUCCUUGGUACUCAAAAGUCUUCACGAGACAGACGUGGGAAAUUAUUGGCCUGUUUUCAGUAAGAGCAAAAGCAUCAGGGGUUCAAAUUGUCUUUGUGUCGUAUCUUUUACAAAGUGUGAUGGAUGUCCCAACAGGGAAGAGUAGGAGCCGGAGUGGAGUCGCCAGGUCCCAGUCGGAGUGCGGGAUGUGCUUCCAGAUGCCGCCUGGCAGCAGUGCCUUUCCCUUCAUAAAAGACAUCGUGUGGCAUCCAGGGCCAGGCAGGCAGCUCGAGGUGCUUUCUGAGAAAGACACGCCGGCUGGGGCUGGGGCUGGGGCUGGGAGAGGACGAUCAUUGACAGUUAUGUGCAAUGAAGUGACAAGAUGAGAGCAGAAUCCUAAGAGCUUUGAAUUUGAAGUGAUUUUUUUUUCCCCAUAAGUUAUUUAUUCCUUUGUUCCGUGUAAAUAUAUUUAUUUUACUGUGGAGCGCUAACAACAUCUGGACCGUAACAUGUGCAGAAUGUAUGGUAGGAAUGUAUUCUCUUGUAGGAAUGUAAAUCUGUAUCACAAGGGGGUCCCAGCCAGGCCCCCUGGGUCUUCUCAUCGUAUGCACAGUCCAUGUUCCUUUUUACUCUCUUCUCUAAUAUGGGUCUAUUUGAAAUAUGCAAAAGGUAUGGAUGAGGAAUGUUCUAAUACCUCCAAAUUUUUAAGAAAAUGAAGCAUCAAAGGGUUGAUAUUUUUUAAGGUUUUUUUUUUUUUUUUUAGCAGCACUUUCUCUUGAUGACAGAAGAGGCGACUGUUCGGGCACCCUCGUUCAUACCAAAGGGUGAGAAAUGGGCCGGAGCCGCCUGCACACCUCUUGAGUGUCUUUACCAAUUGAGCUUUCAAUCGCCAUAGCCCCUCGGAGUGCCCCAGCUGCCCUGAGGUCAAUCAAGGAGAAUUUCUUAACUACAUAAGCUCCAAAGAGCCAAAGUAUCAACUUACAGAUCGUUUUUAAAGCUUAAAUUUAUUAACCACCUUUGCGGUAAACAAUGAAUUAUGAAUACCGCAAGGCAGCCUUCUUGAAUGACAGAUGUUUAAAAAAGAGAGAGAGAGAGAGACUACUUUGUGCAGCGAUUGUUAUUCUACUCUCUAUGAAUUGUCUUAACUCAAAACCUUGCUGUUACAAAUUGGACCUUUAUACAUUUUCUGAAAACAGCAUAUUUAAACCUGUUCUGGCUAUAAAUGGUUAACGGCCUGUAACUGUCCUGCACCUGACAGCGGCCAGGUGUAUGCGUCCUGCUUAUGUACAGUUGUCUUUGAUGCUCCUAAGAAUUGAGUCUCUGUGGUUCUCAAAUUUAGCCAGGAUCAAAUGCUGUCGCAGACAAAGCCACUAUCAUUUUGGACUUCUUUAGGGGAUUACAAGUUAGGAAGAGAAGUGCACUCCAUACGUGCAAAUGAACGAGAUUUUGAAAAAGAAGAUGUACAUAGUGACACGUGUGGUGCAUGGUUUUUGAGGAGGGCGUUUUGUCAGAAAGGAGGUAUAACCUUUCCCCCACAGACCUGAGAGCUGUGCCUUUUCUAUGCAAUAUUACAGAUGUUACAUCGGAACCCAGGUGGCUGUCUUCACGUGUAGGUUUGGGCUGUAAUCUGAACAAUUGGACAGAUUAAAUGUACAUGGAAAUGAGCAGUCUUACUUUUGUAGUUUUAUAUUAUACAAUAAACAGUUAAAAGAGA